AGGGGGCGGGGCGUGCGGAGGCCCCGACGGUGCUCGCGGCUGGCUGUGAGGUCGGCCCAGCGCGGUGCAGCGAGCGCCCCCCGCGCCCCGCUCCGGCAGUCCCGGCGCCCCCACCCCGCGCCCGCCAUGCCCGAGCAGCUCAGCGUCGCGGAGUUCUUGGCCGUCACCGCGGAGGACCUCAGCUCCCCGGCCGGGGCCGCCGCCUUUACCGCCAAGAUGCUCCGGUGCCGGGGGGCUGCACUGGCGCGGGAGGAGAUCCUAGAAGGAGACCAGGCCAUCCUGCAGAGAAUAAAGAAAGCUGUGCGGGCGAUCCACAGCUCCGGCCUUGGCCACGUGGAGAAUGAGGAGCAGUACCGAGAGGCUGUAGAGUCCUUGGGCAACAGCCACUUGUCCCAAAACAGUCAUGAGCUGUCCACCGGCUUCCUGAACUUGGCCGUGUUCACCCGCGAGGUGGCUGCACUUUUCAAGAACCUGGUUCAGAAUCUGAACAACAUUGUCUCAUUCCCCCUGGACAGUCUAUUGAAGGGGCAACUGAGGGACGGGCGACAGGAUUCCAAAAAGCAGCUGGAGAAGGCGUGGAAGGACUACGAAGCCAAAAUGGCCAGGCUGGAGAAGGAAAGGGACCGGGCCAGAGUGACAGGAGGGAGCCCUGGGGAGGUGGCCCAGGACACACAGAGAGAACGGCGCGUCUUCCAGCUGCACAUGUGUGAGUAUCUGCUGAGAGCCGGGGAGAGCCAGAUGAAACAGGGUCCUGAUUUCCUGCAGAGCCUCAUCAAGUUCUUCCACGCCCAGCACAACUUUUUCCAAGAUGGCUGGAAGGCCGCUCAGAGCCUGUCCCCCUUCAUCGAGAAGCUGGCAGCCUCUGUACAUGCACUGCGUCAAGCCCAGGAGGAGGAGCUACAGAAGCUGACCCAGCUCCGGGACUCCCUCCGAGGGACACUGCAGCUUGAGAGCAGAGAGGAGAAUCUGAGCCGGAAGAACUCAGGAGGUGGCUACAGCAUCCAUCAGCACCAAGGCAACAAGCAGUUUGGGACGGAGAAGGUGGGCUUUCUGUACAAGAAAAGUGACGGAAUUCGAAGAGUCUGGCAGAAAAGGAAGUGUGGAGUCAAGUACGGCUGCCUGACCAUCUCACACAGCACGAUAAACAGGCCCCCCGUGAAGCUGACCCUGCUGACGUGCCAAGUGAGGCCAAAUGCUGAGGAGAAAAAGUGCUUUGACCUGGUGACCCACAACAGGACAUACCACUUCCAGGCAGAGGAUGAACAUGAGUGUGAGGCGUGGGUGUCGGUGCUACAGAACAGCAAGGACGAGGCCUUGAGCAGUGCCUUCCUCGGGGAGCCCAGCGGUGGCCCGGGGCCCUGGGGGGGCGCUGGGCUGGAUGGGGAGCCCCAGGACCUCACGAAGCUGCUCAUCGCGGAGGUGAAGAGCAGACCCGGAAAUGGCCAGUGCUGCGACUGCGGAGCUGCAGACCCCACGUGGCUCAGCACCAACCUGGGCGUGCUCACCUGCAUCCAGUGCUCCGGCGUCCACCGCGAGCUGGGUGUGCGCUUCUCGCGCAUGCAAUCCCUCACCUUGGACCUGCUGGGCCCCUCCGAGCUGCUGCUGGCCUUGAACAUCGGAAACACUCGCUUCAAUGAGGUUAUGGAGGCCCAGCUGCCCUCACAUGGAGGCCCUAAGCCCUCCGCUGAAAGUGACAUGAGCUCGCGUAGGGACUAUAUUGUGGCCAAGUACGUGGAACACAGGUUUGCCCGCCGGUCCGCACCCGAGCCUCAGAGACUGCGGACGGCCAUUUGCAACCGGGACCUCCUGUCAGUACUGGAGGCCUUCGCUAACGGGCAGGACUUUGGACAGCUGCUGCCUGGGCCUGACGGCCAGGCACCUGGAGAACUUGCCCUGCACUUGGCUAUCAGAGUCGCCACCCAGGCCUCCCUGCCCCUGGUGGAUUUCAUCAUCCAAAAUGGAGGUCACCUGGACACCAAGGCUGCUGACGGGAACAGUCCCCUGCACUGCGCUGCUCUCUACAAUCAGCCCGACUGCCUCAAGCUGCUGCUGAAAGGGAGAGCUUCGGUUGGCACAGUGAACGAGGCAGGAGAGACAGCUCUGGACAUAGCCAGGAAGAAGCAGCACAAGGAGUGUGAGGAGCUGCUGGAGAAGGCCCAGGCGGGGACUCUCGCCUUCCCUCUGCACGUGGACUACUCCUGGGGACUCUCCACAGAGCCUGGCUCCGACAGUGACGAGGAGGAAGAAGAGAAGCGCUGCCCUCUGAAGCCCCCAGCGCAGACCCGCUGGGCCAGUGGGAGGGUCGACCUCAGCAACAAGACGUACGAGGCCAUCGCCACCCUGGGACCAGCUGCCCCUCAGAGCGAGAGUGAGGCCUGCCCCCCGCCCUUGCCUGUCAAAAACCCUUCUCGGACCAUGGUCCAAGGGCGUGUGGGACAUACCAGUGGAGAUCGUUCCGAAGUCCCCAGCCUGAGCUUAGAGCCUUCUGGGGCCCCUGAGAGCCUGGGCAGUCCAGCCUCCACCCCUUCCAGCCUCUCAAGCCCUGGGGAAGCUGGAGGUCCCAGCCAAACCCCCCCACCGAGCUCUGAGGAGGGCCUCUGGGAGCCCCCGGGCCCCUCCCGCCCCAGCCUGACAUCUGGAACCACCCCCACGGAGAUGUAUCCCCCGGUCAAGUUCAGCUCCGAGAGCACCCGCUCCUACCGGCGGGGUGGCCGGAGCCUGGAAGACUGUCCCUCAGCCAGACAGCCUCUGUGCAGAAGGAACACGCUGGUUGGCUUCACUGAAGGAGAGGGCUCAAAGGGGGGUUCUCCUGGAAACUCUGCGCAGCUUUUGCAAGACUAGCUCCUUGCUGGCCUUUGCAUGCCUGAACUACCCCCAUGUUUGGGCCCCAAUGUUCAGAGCUAGGACUCGAACCCGCAAGACUGGGGAACUGAGGCGUCCAUUCCCUUGGGUCUUGCUGUCUCUGUCCCUUGUGCCUCCGUGGCUGGCCUUCCUCCCUGCCGUGGACCUCAUACCCCUUGCCCAGGACACUGGGCCCUUCCAUGUUAGGGCUAAUGGUGGCUCCUUCCCCUCUAUCCCACCACUGCCCAGAGGCCAGGGAGCCAGAGGGCUGGGUCUGAGAUUCUUGAGCUACUCUCCAUCUUGAGAAUUCUCAGUCUCUCAUCAGACCAGAACUCUGCUUCUUCUAUCAGUCUGGGGGCUCCGUAAGAGUAAGACCGGCCUACCCUCAUGCUUCAUGUCCAGACCAGGGAUUCUACCAGACAAAGGGCUGCCUUCUUGGACAUUCAUUAGUCUAGGACUCCUUUCCUGAGUUUCUCUCUAUGUCCAGAUGUCACACAAGUAAGACAAGGGUCUUGCAGAUGUGGUCCCUUGCUAGGAAGCUGGUCCCCAAGGCUGGGCUUGGGAAUGGGCAGGGCUAGAUCCCAAGGGAUGGUCCUCGGCCCAGGGGCAGACAGUCGGCUGGCUUACACCGAUGAGACCCUGCAGUUGUCUACAGCUUGCGUGCCUUCUGCUUGGCCAGUGCUCAUGAUGAACUGGCUGUUAAGUAAAUACUCUGAAGAGUACUCCUUUCAAGGGACAGUGCAGCCUUCCCGGGCACCUCUGUUAUAUUCCCCAGCCGGGAGGUAGACUAGGAGUAACCCCCAUUUGCCUACUCUCCUUGAUUUAGCAGGAAGAAAAGGAAUGGUCGGAGAUGAUCGAUCUUCACUUCUCUCCUUUUUCUUCGGUCAACUCAGGAGCCUUCCAGUCUUGGGGGAGGAAAGAGCUAAGAAGGGAGGAAGGAAAAUAAUAGGAAGGGAGAGCAGGAAAUAAAGUUUCUCCUUCCCCUUGCCAGAAAUUCCACCAUGACUUUCAGCCCCAUGUUAGAAAACAGGUACACUUAAGCCAUCAUCAAUCUCUAACAGCUUUAUGGGCGCUGGGCAUGAGGCCCUGGCAAGGAUGGGCCAGGCCAAACAGAAGAGGCUGGAGGGUGCCAAUGGCCAACGAAGCAGUCUGGCCCAGGAGGCUGAACUGUUUACCCUGGAUGGAGACCUGACUGGUCUGGGAUCCCACAGGAACAGGGUUGUCUUCUGAGCCUCCAGUGUCUGGUUUUGUUCAUCUCAGACUUGUUAUUUCACUCAUCUCUAAUAAAAGAUUUUUGUUUUAUUAAA